AUGCCCUCCUUCUCCGGCACCACGCCCGAGGCCUUGCUCGCCCGCAACGACUCGCUCAACCCCGAAGCAACAUGCCGUGGCAUCACCUCCAACGGCCGGCCCUGCCGCCGCCCCCUCAACAGCAGCCCAUCCGGCGGCAACCUUUCGCAGAAGCAGCAGCAGUCCCGCAAGAACGCAAAGCUCGCGCCCUCCCCUGGCGGUGGUGACACCGACUCCGAGGACUCGUACUGCUGGCAGCACAAGGACCAGGCCGGCCGCUCCCGCAAGUCGAGCCCCGGCCCGCGUCCCUCGGCGCAGCAGCAGCACGCCGGCGGCGGCGGCAUCGUCGAGGAGCGCUCGAGCCUCGACACGCUGGCGGACCGCCUGGGGCUGGUCGACAUCAAUGCCCGCCCCAACGGGCGGUACGACCCGGAGAAGCUCGGCGACCACCACCAGCAGCGGCCCGGCAAGCCCAAAUCCAGCAUGUUCUGCUUCUGCUUCAGCAUCCCGGAAGAAGCAGACUUUGACGACGCACCGCGGCCUCACCAGCCCCGGCCGCAGCCGCAUCCCGUCCAGCCGCAAUACGCCAGCCGCCCGUCCACCUCCUCGGCCGCCCGCCCCCCGCAGCAUCUGCACCCCCAUUCGCAGGGCAACAAUCACUCGCACUCCCGCCCGUCCAGCUCCUCGGCCCCGACGGCGUACCACCUCAAGUCCCUCAUCCCCGACUCUCUCGACGCCGUCACCACGUCCGCCCUCAUGACCGAGGUCUCCAAGCCGCCCUCGGACGCCGACGAGCCGGGCUACAUCUACAUGUUCUGGCUCACCCCCGAGUCCGCUUCCGAGCCGGCCCCCGUCGACGCCGCAAGGGACCUCCUCGCGCCUCCGCCCCGCGGCGCCGGCGGAGCGGCCAGCAGGCGGCCCAGCGACGUCGUCUCCGCCUUUGCGAACCAGGGCAAGAAGACCAACAGCCGGGACCCCAAGCCCAAGACGAUGCUCCUCAAGAUCGGCCGCGCGGCAAACGUCCAGCGCCGCAUGAACCAAUGGUCCCGCCAAUGCGGCCACUCGAUCCAGCUCCUCCGCUUCUACCCAUACAUCUCAUCCUCCUCCAACCCCAACUCCUUCGACGCCACCACCGCCGCGUCGCCUCAUCCCACGCCGCACGUGAAGAAGGUCGAGCGGCUGAUCCACAUUGAACUCACGGGCAUGGGGCUGCGCGCGGAGCUGGGCGCGUGCGCGACCUGCGGGCGGGAGCACAAGGAGUGGUUCGAGGUGGAGGCUUCGAGGGACGGGGUGAGGACUGUGGAUGAUAUCAUUCGGAGGUGGGUUGGGUGGGACGAUGGACAUGGACGGUGA